CCUCUUUACCCGAUCUUCCGCCAAUUCGUCAUCGGGAAAUUGAGAAAGCAAUGCGUUUCUUGGGGCUAGCAUGUGCUGAUAUCGCGACGACUGCAGCACAGCUUUCGGUAGGACAGCUUUGUGUGGCACUGUGGUCCUUACAGCUCUUCUUUGGCGAGGCUCUCGCACAGCCAGCCUUCGGGCAGCCCGUCACUUAUGACUAUGUCGUUAUUGGAGGCGGUACUGCUGGCCUAGCCAUUGCCUCUCGUCUCGCUCAGGUCGCGUCUGUCGCCGUGAUUGAGGCCGGCGGGUUCUACGAGCAGGACAAUGGCAACCUCAGUACAAUUCCGGGCUACGCUACGGCGAUACCGUUUCUCGACACGACCCCAUCUUAUCCUCGAAACUCAUUGAUGGAUUGGGACUAUGUUUCGGUCCCCCAAACGGAGGCUGGAGGCCGUCAAAUCCACUACGCCCAAGGCAAGACCCUCGGAGGCUCAUCUGCGAUCAACACCUUGGCUUUCCACCGCGCAACGUACGGAGCGUACCAGAAAUGGGCCGAUUUGGUGGGCGAUCAAAGCUACACGUUUUGGAACAUCCUCCCAUUUUUCAAAAAAUCUGCAUUCUCUUAUCCUCCCAACUUCCCUAAGCGCAAUACACCAAACGCGACUUUUACCUAUGAUCUCACGGCCUUCAACGAUUUCCUCAGAGGCCCAGUACAGGUGUCAUGGGCGCAAUGGGUUGAUCCAACCAUCACAUGGCUCGCGAAGGGCAUUCGAUCUCUCGGCCUGCCGCAGAGUGUACUUGGUCUGAAUAGUGGAUUCCUGACUGGCACGGGCGCGUACGUCACGACGUCUGUCGAUCCAUGCGACGCAACGCGAUCCUCGUCGCGAACAAGCUACAUGGAAAAAAUCGGAGUGCCAGCCGGCUUGCAAGUCUACCACCACACGCGCGCGACGAAAAUUCUUUUCAGCUCCAAACGCGCAAAGGGCGUCCAGGUCACUACAAACGACAAGUCGUACACUCUGACCGCUAAAAGGGAGGUCAUACUCUCAGCCGGCGUCUUUGGCUCCCCGCAUCUCCUUUUAGUAUCCGGAAUCGGCCCUGCGGCAACACUGAACAAAUACAACAUCCCCGUCAUCUCGAACCUCGCCGGCGUCGGCCAGAAUCUUUGGGACCAGCUUUACUUCCAAAUCAUCAACGUCGUCAGCACUCCCUCUGGCGGCCAAGAAAUAGCCCUCGACCCAGCAAAGGCCAACAAGCAGUACUACAAGCAGCAAUGGGGCCCGCUGAGUUCAGUCUCAGCAUACAUCUCCUUCGAAAAGAUCCCAAGCACGCUCCGCAGCACUUUCUCCCGCGCCACCAAGGUCGCACUCGAGUGGUUUCCUGCGGACUGGCCGGAGGUCGAGUACGUUGCGGGCGCGGCUGCGGGUCCUAAUGGAAGCACGUUGGGGGUUUUGAGUGCCUCUCUCACCGCUCCGCUCUCCCGGGGAAGCGUCACGAUCAAAAGCGCCGAUCCUGCGACGCCGCCAGUCAUUGAUCUGGGAUGGUUUACCAAUCCCGCGGACGGCGAGGUUGCGGUUGCUGGGCUGAAGCGAGCACGGCAAGCUUUCAAUAGUAUUUCAAGUAUCAAAGUUGGUCCAGAGGUUGCGCCCGGGGACGCGGUCAAGACGGACGCCCAAAUACUCGCAUUUGUGAAGAACGCCGCGACGCAGAUUUGGCAUGCGGGUGCGACUUGUUCGAUGGGGAAGAAUGGGGAUAAGAGGGCGGUUGUGGAUUCCAGAGCGAAGGUGUUUGGGGUCGAGGGACUUAGAGUGGUGGAUGCGAGUGCGUUUCCGUUUAUGGUGCCGGGGCAUCCGCAGAGCACUGUGUACAUGCUGGCCGAGAAGAUUGCGGAUGCAAUUAUUAAGAGAAGGUAAAUUUUAUAAUCAGAUGAGAAGGCUAUAUUAAUACUUAAUUCGAUUUCCCAAGGCAACGUUUUCAACACCGCCGAACGUACUAGAGAAUAGCGCUCCACGAUAUUUUGAACGCGGCUAUAGAUUCAAGACAGCAGAAAAACAACCCUGGAAUACAACAGGAAAAUGAUAUUCUCUAGGUCGAAAGUACAG